AUGCUUUUGGCUAGAGCAAAUAAGCUUCUCUUUUCAAAAGUCCUUUUUUCCAGCAGCAAGUACGCAUUUGCCCAGACCUCAGCCACUUUCGCUACUUUUCGCAUCGAAAAAGACACUUUUGGUGACAUCAAAGUCCCAGGUGACAAAUAUUGGGGUGCUCAAACCCAAAGAUCACUAGAAAACUUUGACAUUGGUGGAGAAACUGAAAGAAUGCCAGCUCCUCUCAUAAAAGCCUUUGGAAUCCUAAAAAAAUGUGCUGCUAGAGUAAAUACAGAGUUCGGGCUGUCUGCUGAGCACGCUUCUGCAAUCCAAAAAGCUUGUGACGAAAUCAUAGAAGGAAAACUUAUGGCUCAUUUCCCACUAGUGGUCUGGCAAACUGGCUCAGGCACACAGUCUAAUAUGAACUGCAACGAAGUCGUAGCUAACCGAGCUAUCGAAAUUUUAGGUGGAAAAAUAGGUGAUAAAUCAGUCCAUCCUAAUGACCACGUCAAUAGAAGCCAAAGCUCAAAUGAUUCAUUUCCUACUGCAAUGCAUAUCGCAACUGCUGUAGAAACGCAUAAGGUGUUACUGCCAGGGCUCAGAAAGCUUCAUCAGGCACUUUUGGAUAAGUCAAAGGAGUUUGCUGAUAUUAUAUGCAUUAUUAUAGAGACUAUACUAACCGAAAUUAUAUUAUUUUCUUAUAGUAAUAAGGCAAGAAUCUCUAUAAAUGUUAUAAAAAUUGGUAGAACUCAUACUCAAGAUGCAACACCUAUUACACUUGGACAAGAAUUCAGCGGAUAUGCAGCACAGGUAGAAAAUGGCAUUAGAAGAGUUGAAAGAAGCUUAGAAGACGUCUAUUUCUUAGCCCAAGGCGGCACAGCUGUAGGCACUGGGAUUAACACUUAUAUAGGCUUCCCUGAAAAAUUCGCUGCAGAUGUAGCAAGAGAAACAGGACUUCCUUUCCAAACAGCUCCUAAUAAAUUUGAAGCGUUAGCCACACAUGAUGCUUUGGUUCACUUCAGCGGCGCCCUUAAUACUGUUGCCACAUCUCUUAUGAAAAUCGCUAACGACAUCAGAUUUUUAGGCUCAGGGCCACGAUGUGGCCUCGGUGAGUUAUUACUGCCUGAAAAUGAGCCUGGGUCUUCCAUUAUGCCUGGUAAAGUAAACCCAACCCAAUGUGAAGCUUUAACUAUGGUAUGUGCCCAAGUAAUAGGAAACCAUACUGCAGUCACAAUUGGAGGCUGCAAUGGGCAUUUUGAGCUAAACGUAUUUAAACCUCUUAUCAUUAGAAAUGUUCUACAGUCUAUCAGACUAAUUGGAGAUGCCUCAAGAAGCUUUACUGACCAUUGUGUGUCAGGAAUUCAGGCAAAUAGAGAAAAAAUCAAUAGGAUUAUGAAUGAAAGCUUGAUGCUUGUGACGGCACUGAAUCCUUAUAUUGGGUAUGACAAAGCAGCUAAAAUAGCGAAGACUGCACAUAAAGAAGGGACUACGCUGAAAGAGUCAGCACUUAAGCUUGGAUACCUGACGGAAGAGCAGUUUAAUCAGUGGGUAAGGCCUGAACAAAUGCUUGGACCUUCACCUUAUAAGGGAAAAUAA